CCUACCAGGAAGCUGUGGAUAAAAGUAAAAGAGCUCAUGGCAUCAGCAGGUGGAUUUCCGGCAAGUUUUUAUGGUGAGCCAGGUGUGCUUGGGCUCUUAGCCAAUGGCAUCAGUGCUUUCCUCGUCCUACUGCAAAACUUUCACGGAGCCCGGACUGGCAUUCCUGCCGAGGGAGUAGAAAACAUAUUAGCAGGUGUUCAUCUCAUUCUGAUUGGUGGAGUGUGUCAGCUUGUGGCAGGCUUGCUGUCUUUCCGGAAAUAUGACCAUCUUAGUGGCACAUCAUUUGUAGGAUAUGCAGCGCUUUGGGCGAGCUAUGGGGCCACAAGAAUUUUUCUGGGUGCCAACCAACCAAGUCCAAACUCUUUCAAUGAGUCAGCAAUAACAAAUAGCUCAUUCCAAGAUCUGCCCAUUAACUCUACUUUCAACAAUUCCAUUGAUGCAAUGUACAUCAAAGAGUCUGCCAUAGCUGGGCUGGUACCUUACAUCUUUCUAUCAUUUCUGCUGGCCUUCUGUUCAGCAACGGUAAACUACAUCAUGCCCUUUGUGUUUGGGGCUAUUACUCUCACACUGAUAUUUGAGGCCGUGGGUCUGGUGGCAGGAUGGGCUCUUGUGGUCUCGGGAGUUCUGGAGCUCCUCAUCCUACUCUUUGCCAUAUAUGGCUCAUCAGCACUGCUAAUAAAGGGAAUAACCCAGCGCUAUGUGCUGAAAGGUUUUGGGAAUCCUCUUUUCAAUGUAUUGCUCUUGGGAACCACCAAUGCUGGCAGCUCUCAAAGCUUGGGCCAAGAAAAUAAGAAAAACACCAAAUAUGCUGAACCCAUGGCCUUGGGGUUCUUCUGCGACACUGUCUCAACAUUUAUCUUUGCUUUCUAUGCCUUUGGCUACUUUCCGUCAAUCGCUGUUGCUGCUAUUUGGAUUUCCAUUAAUUCCGCUGCGCAGCUUCUGUCUAGCUAUUACGCAUAUCUGCGUCAAGACUGCUACCAUGCUACCAAGUUUGGCCUGCACUGUACGUUUUGGUUGGUGAAGACCUGGGAAGAGUAUGUUGUAUCUGCAGCUAUCAGUAAGACUGAAGCUGGAGAAGUUAGGCAAGCCAUGGUCGGCAACUGGUUCUUCCUGUCCGCUGCCUUAGUUUUCUGCAUCAUGAGUCUAAACAAAGACUCGAUCGAGCUGGUUCACAAUUCAUUUUUCAUCCUGGUGACCAUAUCAACCAUCUCUCAGAUUCCCAUUGACAGGCACUACAUUUUUUUCGGAGUCACUUGCUCCCUCUUUACUGUCCUUUCCCUUUAUGGCACCUUUGCACGGCUCAUCAACACAAUCGCCGAAAAGACUUUGAUUCCAGUCGGACCCCAGCCUGUCUCAACAGAAUCUCUGAAGAGAUGUUUCAGCCUUCUCAAGAGAUCCAAACUGGAUCAGUCUGAAGAUAAAAGUUCACAGCUCCCCGAUGCUUUAUUCUAUCUCACCAAUGGGGUGGCCGCUCUCUCAGCAAUUCAUGGCAGUAAGCUCGGCCUGGCAUUCUUCGACCUGACUGUUCCCUGGGUGCUCAUCCCAGGAGCCAUUAUCCAGGCCUACGUCAGUCGGCUGCAAGUACAGGGUGGCCGGAGAUUCGGCUCUGUCAUUCCAUCCUUUUUCGCAGCUAUUUGGGCUGCUUGGAGCUGGUUUAGGUUUGCAGGUCAUAGUUUGCACAUAUCCAGAGAGUCAGCUAAUGGCUUUGCAGCUGGGGCAAUAGCAUUCCUGGUCAUUAAUGCUUUCUUGAUUCUAGUUGCUGCCUAUGGCAAUAUCGUCUUGUUGGCAUUGACCACAGUUAUGGAGGUCAUCGUUGUUUGUUUUUUACUCUUUGUGUAUGAAAAGCUCCCCUAUCAGCUGGAAGUUGCCAUGCUAGCAAUUUUUGCUAUCAUUUGUAUGUAUGGGAUGCUAGCGUCGCUUGUGAACGGUAGCUUCUCCGAGACCCUGAUACCAGUAGGACCCUCUCUUAUCAAGGACAAAAGGAAGAAGGAACCUGUGAGCACACAUCCAUGUUUUAUAGCAGAUUCCCGGGGAACCAGUGGACUCCUUCAGAUUGCCAAAUUGCUGGAGAACAAUAGUGUGUGCGGUAUCCCUACAGACACUGUUUAUGCCCUGGCUGCUUCAUGCAAAAACCCAAGUGCAAUCGAGAAGAUCUACAGUAUAAAAGAUCGUCCUGCAGAGAAGCCCAUUUGUAUUUGUAUCUCAAGUGUGGAGCAGCUUGUGGCAGCAAAACCUCCUUUUAGCCCUCUGCUGUGGGAGUUUAUGAAAAACGUCUACCCUGGAGGCAUUAGUUGCAUUGUUCCGAAGGGGGAAUGGCUCCUUAAGCUUGGUGUGGGCCCAGCAUACGACCUUGUUGGCACUAAAGAAAGCAUUAUGAUUCGAGUUCCUGACCACACUGUUACUGCUCACCUGUGUGAAUACACCGGCCCGCUGGCCAUUACAUCAGCCAAUCCCAGUGGAGAAACUGACAGUGUUCAUCAUGACAUGGUCAUAAGCCGUCUUGGCCACAAGAUUGAUGGAGUGCUGUGUGAUGGACAAUCUAAUGAGGUGGUGGCUUCAACCGUAGUAAACUGCCUGAAAAUUGAUGAAGGAACUAUCAGCAUUCUGCGUGAAGGUUGUGUGCCUGCAAUGAAGGUCAGGCAGAUAUUUGAACGGGUCAAAAACAAUAUGCUGUAAAAUGAUGACUACCCAGAAAUCUACUUCUGAGGAUGUUUUAAUCUGCGCAUGUACAUAAAAAGAAAUGCUGGAACACUGUAAAUAAACUGUAAACUAAAACUGUACUGUAAAAAGUCAACUAGCAUCGCACUUUACUAAAUAUUUUUAAUGCAGCAAUGUUAAGCAAGAAGUGAGAAUUAAAGUAGUUACAUACAGUAAGUUGUUGUAAACUGUACAAAACUGUGCUCGUACUCUGCUUUUCAUUUCUUUUGUAUGUUUGCCAGAAGUGAAAAUGUUCUCUUUAAUUUAUUCAUAUUUAUGCAUUCUUUCAUAAUGUUUAUGUUUUUGUUGCUGAAGAAUAAAUAAUUUAUUAAUAACAGUUUUAUAAAACCAGAUUGAAUGAAAAUGCUAUACACCAUAUGCUUGCAUAAGUAUAUUGUUCACAAAGAAACUGUUCAUCCAAAAUGUUUUCAA